AAGAAUGUAUGGAGGAAAGCCAUUUGAGUCAUUUCAACCAAAUAAGCAUCUGAUCAACUUUGUUAAUAAGAAUUUGUCCCUUGGGUAUGUUGAUGUUGUAAUGGAAACCUCACCUUCAACGACCAACUACUCAUGGAGACCGAUGGCAAAGGCGUAUAAUACUCCUGCUUAUAAGAUAAAGGAGAAAGUGAACAAUAGGCAACCUAAAAUAAAUUUUCCACGGCAGAAAUAGCGCUCUGAUAAGGCGGGAUCAGCAGAAGUUUAGCACUAAGAACAGUGUUAUGUCGAUUUGUACGAAUAUUAAAUUUGCUAAUCCUCCUGAUGUUACUGCUUCCAUUUAUUUGAAUCAAGUUGGCAGUCAUAAUUUGAAAUAAUAAGACUAAUAAGAAGAGCCUGAGCUCUGCUUAUCGUGCCCAGAGAUUGUACCGGCCGGAAACUCCUGAAGUAAAAAUUAAUGGCAAAGCUAGUGAAGAAGGUGCCCCAAUCUCUUGAACUCAAGAGGCCACUUUGGAUGAUAAUGAUACUGUUGAAGUCUCGACUAAAGGACGUGUCAAAGAAUCUAACCAGACCAUAGAAAUGAUGUAUAAUCACUGGGUUCAAGGAAAUAAAUAAUGAUCUUGCCAACAGCCAGGAAUUUAGUAAAAUUGCAUCAAAAUACCGUAUUAAUGAAAUCGAUCGCCAAAUCACAAGCAUUCGUAAGAGAAUGAAAAGUGCAGUCAAGAGCAAUAAUCCAUGGGAAAUACACUCAAAGAAGACAAAAACUGAUAUCCAGAUUAUCACAAAGAACAGGGAUUUUAGCAACAUGACUCAGUAUUUCAAGAAGAAAAGAAGAAAAUCCCACCAAGCUUGUAACCAGGGUGAAGAAGAAAUUAGGUCAGACCGGAAAAAGAAGAGGUUACAUUUAAAAAUGCUCAAGAAAAGGAAUAAAUCUGCUGAUCCUACUAAGCAGCGGCUAAAUUUAAACCGAACCCAAACAAAAGCAAACCCUGCUAGAAGAUUAAUCACAAUGAAGAAUUUUCGAAGAAAGAGGAAGCAAUAUGAAGAAAAUCAGGACUAA